ACUUUACUCCUCAACUCGGAACCUUCUCAUAUAAGUACAUCGGCCGCACUUGAAAAUAGCAAAUGCUCUGGUCAAGACGAAGCUAUUACUCAGAGUGAGGAGUGCUGAGUGCUGGUACCCGCAGGCCCAUUCAGUUCCCACCAACGACUAUGCCCGACACCAAAGCUAUCAUGUCUCAUUCACGCAUCGUCGCGGUUUGACUCGUGAGACCUAUCUACUUACAACAAGACUUCCUAUCGCACUCCAUUCGUCGCUGUACUGCGACCUUGACAAUGUUCGGUCACUACAUUGCGGCAGACAGUGCACACCCAACGGGAGGCCUCAAGCGCCCAUCGCCAGAAGGCGAACUGCAUGCGUCGAAGUCCAACAAGAGGCCACUUUGCGAUGCGACUCGACAGCAUCCGACUGCACAAAUGACUGAAAGCGAGCUCGAUGAAACAGACGACAGUGACGAGGACCCAUACCAGACUGACGAAGACUCAGAUCCUGAAGCAUUCGCUCUUCUCGAGGAAUUCAUUCGUGAGCUGACAGCGGACCAACCCAAGCGAUUCUCCAGGAAUGAUACCCUGGCUAUUGCUCUUCAAGCUUUGCCACGAUAUCUCUGGCCCAUCGGCGAAGAGACUUUUCACCCGAACUCAUGAAGCUCGGGAAGGCGAAGGUGUUCAGAGGUAUGACGAUGCCUCGGCUCCCGUGGGACGACGACGCUGCCCUGCGAUCUUUCCAUCUCUCAGUGAGUGGCUGCUCCAUGUGGCGGCGGUCGAUGGACGGUGAGAGCGAAGAUCCAGAAGAGGCCGAGAACGAUAACCAAUCUGAGGGCGUGCCUGGGCCCGGAGAUGACGGAGAGAAUGUGCGCGGACAUGUCUUUUCUACUGCUGUCACAAAGGGUCACUUCCCUUACAUCCCAGAAGUGCAUCAGUUCAUGAUACUUUUGCGCCUCUUGCAUGACGCUCGGCAGGAGAAGGAGAAGUCUGAAUAGGUAAAUCUGGGAGGACCAGCCAGGUAUGCUGAACAGCUUUGGAAGGGUCAGAAUCUCGAAGAGAGACUCUUUGCGAAAAAGACGGCGAGCUCGAGGACAUGUGCACGUUGCUCAUCAAUUCAUUGAUAGUUAAGGCUAGCACGUGUUCGUCGCCGCCC